UACAAAGAAAUCCGGUUCAUUUGGAUUUUGGAGCUUCUCCCACUCGAGCAAGCAAGAGAGGAAGUAUGCAAACUCUAUCAAUGGCUUCUUCUUCAGCGAUGGGUGUGAGAGUAGUGACAGUGAGAGCUUCAUUGGAUACACAACAAAGACUCUCAUACAACCGCAACACCCCGAGAAAGAUACCCAAACCCGAAAACCCCAGCACUGCUACCGGCACCACCAAAACCCCUCCAACUGUCACCCUAACUGCCACAACUACCUCCGUUUUUGACCUUCUCAAACGCCCAGCUCAAGGGGAAACAGUACGAACCGAUGAGUUAUACUUGGGCUAUGAGCGAUGGGUGCCUAGUCCAUCAAAGGUACAGAAGCGUCUGCCUAGUCCUCCAAAGGUACAGAAGCCUCGGUCUGUACUCAAUGCGGCAUCAUUAGCUUAUAUUGGUGAUUGCAUUUACGAGCUGUAUGUUCGCAGGCAUUUUUUGUUUCCUCCCCUGAGUAUCGAAGAAUAUAAUGAUCGUGUGAUGGCAGUUGUACGUUGUGAAGCACAGGAUGCACUGCUCCAGAAACUUCUGAGUGACAAUUUUUUAUCAGACGAAGAAAGGAAUGUUCUCAAAUGGGGAAAGAAUAUUAGUUCAGCUGCUAAAACACGAACAAAAAAGCGUGCUGGUGUGGCAGUUUAUAAUAGAGCAUCUUCACUGGAAACAUUAGUUGGUUAUCUCUACCUGACAAAUAUGGAGCGUUUAGAAGAAGUCAUGAUUAAGCUGGGAUUCUCAACUGAUUCUUCUAUGCAGUUGAUUUCACAGGAGCCUGAGGAGGUAAAUGGCAAGGCUCCUAGUUAAUGAAGAUGGCCUGAAAUCAGGUGUUCUGUUUGUAUCGUAAGCAGAAGGCUGCCCCGAGUACGAAUUUGUUCAGUUCUAGCGAUACUGUAACUGAGAAAUGUUGUGUAGGAUAUAGAACAGUCACUACUCAUUAUAUCAUAUGUUUUUGUAUUCACAUAGAGAAUUUUGAGCAAAAUCCUGGGUUUUUGAGCAAUUCUCAAAUGUCAUCCAAGUAUUCUUUUUCCCUUUUUAUGCAUCGACUAUGCAUGAUCACAUUUGAGAUGGGUACCAAUGAUAAAAUAAAAUGAAAAAUAGGAGUAGAUUUUGAUUUGCUUGUUUCUCAGUUGAAUUGGGUUUUCAAAUUGUAUGUACAAAUUACAAUCCCAUUCAUUGUAAGAAAACCCAAUUAAAAUGAGUUUUUUUGUUUUUUGGUCGGAAUCAAUCAUAUUCAUUCAAAACUCAUAAAUGGGGAAGAAACAAAUAGAGAAUACAAAGGCCAAAAAGGCCAGUUAAAGGAUCGAAAUGCCACAAAUAGAGAAGAUUAAACUAAAACAAGGACGGGAUACACCACCACCACACAGGCCAGCAUUGCUGCACAUAGAGACCCACUGAUCUUCCACCAAAAAUAGAUAUUCCCCAAAAAUUGGAAACACAUCAGCCCUCGAACCUUCCUCCAAAAGUCACCUUCUCCAUCACACCUAAAUCUGCCAAUGCACCUGAGAGAAAACAACAACCAAUCACAACACCAAGGUAUAUAUCAAAACACCGAAACCAAGAGAAUGGAGAAUAUUGGUGCAAGCACCAGAGCAAGAACCGUAGCAAAAGCUCUAAAUACAAUCCGAGAAAUGAGCGACAAAGCGCUUAUAGAUAUGGUUGUUGUAUCCCAAAGGAGAUUCCAGAUCCAGAAAGAGGAUAA